AUGGUUGGUAAUGAAAAAAUUCCCAAUAAAUUAGUACUUUCUAAUGAUGGUAAUAAAAUAAAUAUUAUCACUGGUGUUCCUUAUAGAAUUUCACAUAGCGGACUUUAUGUAGAUGAUUCGUGUGGUUCACGUCCUUGCCUUUCUCCCGAUUACCAUCCUCCAGAUCACUUUUUUUAUUUAAGACAGUUGUGGGUUCUUAAGGAAACUUCAUAUCCAAGAGGAUACAAAAUUGCUGCCAAUGGAAAUUACAUGGAUAGUUUGGGAGGUGGCCAUAAAGCGAAAUGCUUCCUGAGUCCAUUCGAUAAUCCUCCAGAGGAUUCCGCUUAUUCACAACAAAUAUGGUCUUUUUACUCUGAAACUGGUUCUAAAUCUAAAGCAUUUCAAAUAAAGAAUGAACAGAAUACUCGUUUUUUAGGUGUUGAUAAAAUAUUUUUUAAUAAAAAAAAGGAUGAACAAAAUAAUCGUUCUUUAGACAUUCCGAGUCGUGACUCUGGCUCUAAUAUUUAUUUCCGUAAUCGUCCAACGGAUGCAUGGAAUUUUAUCCCAGCUUUUGAUUACAAGUUGAAUGCUGUAGUUGACAACUUUGAGUAUAAAAUUCCUCCAGGAAUAAAAACACAGAAAAUAGAGAAAACUAUUCAUGAGGAUAUCCUAAAUAAUCUAUCUUCAUCUUCAAAACUUAUAACAACCUUUGAUUUCCAAGAAGGAUUAAUUAAUACAUUUAAAUUUAGUUUUAAUGAAUCUCUCGAUUUUAUUUCAGAAACAAAAUUAAUUACUGUUAUUCCCUUUAAAGAUAUUGAAAAAGAGUUUAAUUUUAAAUAUAGUUUCGAAGCUAAUAAAUCAAGUAAAAUUAUGGAAAAAGAAUUAUGCACAACGACUAAAACAAUUGAAGUAUCACCCAAAUCUUGUGUGAAAGUUACAGAUUAUUGCGAUUUCAUGGUAAAUAUCGAAAUUCCUUUUAAAGCUACUGCCGAAAUAACAGCCAUAUGCGAUCGUUACAAAGAAGAUGGUACAAUAGUUAAAAAUUCCGAAGUUGAAGAAGAUGCUGUAAGAUUAUUUUUGAAAGAAAAUAAUUUUCAAGGAAAAAUAAUCAAGUUUGAAGGGAAUUCCAUUUUUGCCAAAGUAAAUGACACAUUCCGUGGCUCAUACGUCCUAAAAACUUAUAGAAAAUUAGAAGACAUAAUUCCUAUGGUUCCCGAAAAUACUGUGUGCAUAGAUUAG